AUGAACCACGCCGAUAUCAAGAAGGAGGCCCGUCGCAUCCUCCUCGGACUCGGCUUUACAGAGGACGCAUUAAACAAAAAGGUAUUAACACUCUCAGGGGGCUGGCGGAUGCGAUGUAUGCUCGCUAGCACUCUAGUCCGAAAGCCCGAUAUCAUGAUCCUCGACGAGCCCACCAACUUCCUCGACCUUUUGGGAGUAGUGUGGCUGGAGAACUACCUCAAACAACAACGUGAGACGUCCGAAACUACUGUCGUCCUUGUCUCCCAUGACAGAGAUUUCAUCAAUGCCGUUUGUGAAGAGAUCGUCAUUCUCCGUGACCAAAAAUUGAAGUAUUUUCGUGGGAAUCUCGCUGCCUACGAACAAGACUUUGAAGAGCAAAAGCUCUAUUUGGGACGCAUGAAAGAAGCCCAGGAGCGGCAAAUUGCGCAUAUGGAAGCUAGUAUUCAGCAAAAUCUGAAGAUCGGCAAGAAGACCAAUGACGACAAUAAACUGCGACAAGCAAAGUCUCGGCAGAAAAAGGUCGAUGAUCGGAUGGGUCUGCAGGUAAGUGCGAACGGAGGCCGAUUUAAAUUGAACCGGGAUCUUGUCGGUUGGCACUUGACUUGUCGAGCGGAGAUUGAAGUCCCGACGGAUGAAAGGGGUGCGUCGAUGAGUAUACCCGAUGCCACUGAGCUGCGUUUUCCGGGACCACUUGUUUCUUUGGAGGGGAUUACCUUCCAAUACAGGAAGAAUGACCGAUUAGUUCUCGACAAUAUUACUCUGGUGGUUCAUGUUGGUGACCGAAUCGGCAUCAUGGGCUUGAAUGGCUCUGGCAAGACUACGCUCAUACGUGUCCUGAAUGGACAAGUUCCGCCAUCGAAGGGCAAGGUGUCGACUCACUCGCGACUGAAAGUUGGCUACUAUGGUCAACAUUCGGUCGAAGAGCUCCAAGAGCGUGGCCGCAUGGAACCUGGUCUGACCGCCCUGGGACUGUUAAUGGCUGAAUCUGAAGGGACGCUGAAUGAAGGCGAAGUGCGAGGUCUGUUAUCAUCCUUGGGUCUGCAAGGGCGCAUCGCAUCAGAUAUUCCAGUCGGCAAGUUAUCAGGAGGACAGUUAGUUCGCUUAGCACUGGCACGCAUCGUGUGGAGCGCCCCUCAAUUGUUGAUCUUGGACGAGAUCACCACUCAUCUGGAUUUCCACACGGUGACGGCGCUCACAACGGCCCUCUCCGCCUUCAAUGGUGCCAUCAUCCUCGUCUCACACGACCGAUUCCUCGUUCGGUCAGUGAUUGAAGGAAAACGAGAUACCGAUCAUAAAUUGGAUGAAGAUUUUGAGGGGUUAGAAGAGGAGCAGGAGGAAACCAAAAAUCGUCGCCGGUCCGUGUAUGUGCUCAAGGCGGGCAAAUUGAAUGAGCAGACACAAGGGGUGGAACAGUUUGAGCAGAGCUUAGUGAAACGGGUCCAGAAGAUGCUAGUCAUGUAG